AGAGGUUCAUAAACAUGAAUAAAAAACUUUUGUACCUUCUAAUCUUAUCAACAUUGAAUUUUGCGAAUUCAUCUUUGCCACCGAACGAUGAAUCGCCAAAUUACUUGAAAUCAUUCUCUGAAUCAUCCAUCGUUCGUGCUGAAGAAGACUACAAACUUGGAGAUGAAACGAAACCCUCGUACUAUAAAAUCGUCCUUGCCUUCAACGAAACUGAUCGUUUCCAUGGAAAUGUUGAAAUCACUUUUGAAGCCACGCAAGAUGAUGUGAAAACUGUUUGGUUGUCGCAAGAAGACCUCACUGUUGAUGCUGAACAAGUUGAGAUCUACCAAGUUUCUGAUAAAACUACGAAUCUUUUCAAGGCACUGAACCAAACAAUGCUUAAUUAUCAAAAAAUCGGCUUUGAACUUUCAUCAGCUUUGACAGUUGGUGAGCCAUACCUCAUCAAAAUCCAUUAUGUGGCAGUUUUGUAUGACGAAAGUGUCAUGCGUGGCGUUUAUCGAAGCAACUACAAGGAAAAUGGGAAGCAACAGGUGAUCUAUACGACACAUUUUGGUCAACAAGCUCGUCGAAUGAUGCCCUGCUGGGAUGAAAAUCGCUUCAAAGCACAGUUUGAGUUUACGAUUUAUCGUGACACGUUUUUACAUUCCAAGACGAUAUCAAAUGCUCGAAGAACAAGUUCGUUAUUAGGUAGAGAGCAUUUUGCACCAACAGCUGUUCUUUCGCCGUAUCUUCUUGCUUUGGUAAUAUCUAACUUUGAAAUUAAUGAAAAUGGGAAUUUUGCGCUUUAUGCACGACCCGAAGCCAUGAAUCAAACUGAUUUUGCUUUGGAGGUUGGUGUGAAGUUGCUUGAAGCAUUGGAUACUUGGACAAACAUGCCAUAUUAUAAAGUUCCAGGAGCUACGAAGAUGGCAAUUGCUGCUAUUCCUGAUUUUUCCGCUGGUGCCAUGGAGAACUUUGGAUUGCUCCUUCAUCGUGAAGUUAAUGUUCUAUUUGAUGAAAAAGUAGCUGAUUCACUACAAAAACAGAAAAUCGCUCUUGUAAUUGCACAUGAAUUGGCCCAUAUGUGGUUUGGAGAUAUCGUCACUUGCAACUUCUUCAGUGAAACAUGGUUAAACGAAGGAUUCGCUCGUUAUUUCCAAUACAUCGCUCUCGAAAUGGUUGACAAGUCAUACGAUUCAAUGCGUCAAUUUGCUGUUACGACUUUACAAGCUUCAAUGCAACCUGACUCUGCUUCUACAGCUCAUGCCUUGACAGAACCUGGCAAAUAUUCUUACCCAAAUAUUCGCACAAUGUUUGAUUCAAUUACUUACGAUAAAGGAGCUUCAAUUUUACGCAUGGCCCAUAACCUGAUGGGAGAUGCAAAAUUCCAAAAUGCCAUUCGCGCUUAUUUAGAAAAGCGGAAAUUUGCCACUGCUGUGCCUGAAGAUCUCUUUACUGAAAUGGAGCGAGAAUAUGCAGGAAUCACUGAUAUUUUGGGCCCUUAUACGCAACAAGCAGGAUUUCCAUUAGUGACGGCGAUAAGAGAUGGAGAUAAGAUCACGUUAACUCAAAAAAGAUUCUUAUCCGAAAGUAUUAUGCAUAAUGACAAAACAAGAUGGAAUAUACCAAUUACAGUUGCCACAAAAGAAGAUGAUCUCAAUAAUACUUUAGCUCAAUUGACGAUCUUCGAUGGAGGUAAAGAUAACCUCACUUUUGAGGUUAAGAAUUUCAGCAUGGGUUUCUAUUUGUUGAACGUUCACCAAUUUGGAUACUAUCGCGUUAAUUAUGAUCUUAAUAACUGGCAAGCGAUCGGAAAUGAAUUGAAAUCCAAGCAUGAAACCAUCAACGCCAUAAACCGAGCUCAAAUCAUUGACGAUCUGUUCAACUUGGCAAAGGUUGGUUAUCUAGAAUAUGAUUUCAUCUUCAAUGUCAUCAGUUAUGUCAAGAAAGAUCGUGAUUACCUUCCAUGGUUGGCUCUUUCAAACGGUUUAGCUUAUCUCGAACAACGAAUUCCAUCAGAUCCAUCUUUGAAAUCCAUCUUUGAUGCCUUUGUUAAUGAUAUUUUAAGCGAAAUUUAUGACGAAAAUGAGACUUUGUUCAACCUUCAUCGUAUCCUCGUCCUUCAAAUGGCUUGUAAAUAUCAAAAUGAGAAAUGUUUAUCAAUGGCAGCUAACAAAACUGAACAAUUUAUGAAAGGAGAAUCUUUGCCGCCAAAUGAAAAGACAGCAGUUUAUUGCACAGCAGUCAGAGAAUCUGAAAACAGCACUGAAUGGAACAAAUUGAAGGAAAUGUACGUCAGCACUAACUAUGCUACAGAACAAGGUCUCAUUUUAACUGCUUUGGGAUGUUCAACAAAAGCUGAAGACAUAAAUAAAUUCAUGGAUAUGAUCUUAACUGAUGAUAUUCGUCAUCAAGAUAAGUCAGCAGCCUUUAAAAGUGCUUAUUCCGGAAAUCCAAGUAAUGUUGACACUGUUUUGAAGUAUAUUCUUGAAAAUGAAAAGAAAUGGAGCGAAACGAUGUCCAUAACCUCAACAUUGAGUGAUCUUUCUGCUCGUUUUGUCAGAGAGGAUCAAUUUGACACAUUAGACGAGUAUAUUAAGGAGAACGAAAAUCCACAACUCGAAGCUGCUUCCAAGAAGAAUCGGGAGCUUUUGAAAUGGGACAAGGAACGUCUUCAAGAGUUGAAUCGCUUCUUUAGAGGAUCAUCUAACAUGGUCACUUUUAAUGCUUUCUUGAGCAUUUCGUUGUUGAUUUUGUCUUUUUUGUUUCAAUAACUGAUGUUUGUGUUUGAAAUAUCAAUAAAAUAGGGUUUCAAAAAUAUUAUUCAGGAAUAGAGAAAAAUUUAAACUUGAAAUCCAUACAAACUUUGAAAUGCGAACACUGAAAUUCUGCUUUACGGAUCUUUUUGAGGCUUUUUGAAGUAUGUCAGGUUCAGCUGAAAGAAGGUUUUGGAACAGAAA